AUGGACGGACGGUGGCCCUAUUGGCUGAAGCCAUGGUCGGAGGGGAAGCAGGGAGCAAUUCCUCAUAACCUGGGGAAUCUUUCAAAGUUGCAGUAUCUUGAUCUUCGAGGUAAUCAUCUCAAAUCAGGAAGUCUUCAAUGGGUUCUUGGACUUUCUUCCUUACAGUCCCUUGAUUUGAGCUAUGCGAAUCUUUCUAAAGCAACUGAUUGGCUACAGGUAGCAUUUAAACAUCCUUCUUUGUUAGAGUUGAACUUGUCAGCUUGCAUUUUGGAAGAUGAUCCAUCUUCAAUCAGUUUUAAUUCUUCAAAAUUACUGGUUGUUCUUAAUCUUUCUUGGAACCACUUUUCUUCAGUACCUAAGUCGAUAUUUAGUCUUCACAGCCUUGUGUCCAUUGUUCUUAGUGGCAAUUCUUUGGAAGGCCCAAUUCCAGAUUACUUUAGGAACAUCUCGUUUCUUGAAGUUCUUGAUCUUCACCAGAACUCACUCAAUUCAUCGAUACCCAACUCCUUGUAUAGUUUAAGCCAUCUUCGAUUUCUUCAUCUUUCUAGUAAUAAAAUUGAGCAAGACAUAUCAGAAAUCCAAGAGUUUGUCUAG